AUGGGUCAGUAUGAGACAGCAAUCAAAUUCUUAGAAAAGAUUUUCCCGACUACAGAUGAUGAACGAGCAAAUCUGUAUUUUAUUUUGGCCAAUGCAAACAUAUCAUCAUACCGUUCAGUAGAGCAUGCAUUGGAUGAGGGAAUGCGAUUAUUGAAGGGUUCAGAAGAGCUAUUUAUCUCACUGGACAAUAAACUUGGUAUUGCUAAUACUCUUAGACGUCGUGCUGAUGCACUAGUUCUAAACAAACAGUACGAUGAAACUAUUCACGUUUAUCGACAAGCAAUAAAACACUACAGACAAAUAACUGACCAACAAGAAAAUAUUGCCAGUUGUCACAAUGGUUUGGCUGAUGCAUAUUUAGGACAACGAAAGUAUGCGCAAGCAAAAUUUUAUUACUCGAAAGCAUUGAAGUGUCGACAGGCUCAUCUGUCAGCUGAACAUCCGGCGAUCGCACGAAGUUACUUUAGUUUAGGACGUUAUUAUUAUUAUAAAGGGAAUAAUAAUGAAAAUGCACUGCUCUAUUUAAAGAAAGCAUUAGAACAAAAAAAGAAGAUUUAUCCGCCGGAUCAUCCAUCGAUUCAAUGUAAUGAACAACUUCUAAAACAAGUCGAAGCAGCUGGUGCACGAUAG